UUUUCUCUACAGGUCAUCCCAGAACAAGCCAAACAUGGAGUCCCUGGAACAAUUAAAUCAGUCCCAAGUGUCAGAAUUCAUUUUGCUGGGUCUGACCAGCUCCCAGGAGAUUCAGUUUCUUCUCUUUAUACUUUUCUCAGUUAUCUAUGUGCUGACAGUCUCGGGUAACCUUCUCAUUGUGGUCACAGUGUUUCACAUCUCAAGCUUGAACACCCCCAUGUAUUUUCUCCUUGGGAAUCUCUCCUUUGUGGAUAUGACCCUUGCUUCCUUUGCUACCCCUAAGAUGAUUAUAAACUUGGUAAAAAAGCAUAAGACUAUUUCCUUUGCUGGGUGCUUCACACAAAUCUUUCUCCUUCACUUCCUGGGUGGAGUUGAAAUGGUGCUAUUAGUCUCCAUGGCCUAUGACAGAUAUGUGGCUAUCUGUAAGCCACUACAUUAUAUGACCAUCAUGAGCAAGAAAGUAUGUGUCUUGCUGGUCACGACCUCAUGGUUCUUAGGUCUCCUUCAUGCAGGGCUUCAGAUACCCUUUGCUGUGAAUUUGCCUUUCUGCGGCCCCAAUGUAGUGGAUAGCAUUUUCUGUGAUCUCCCUCUGGUUACUAAGCUUGCCUGCACAGAUACUUAUAUUGUACAAAUAGUCAUUGUUGCUAACAGUGGGAUGAUCUCUCUGAGCUGUUUCAUUAUUUUGCUUAUCUCCUACAGUCUAAUCCUCAUAACCAUUAGGAGCCACUCUUCUGCUGGGCAGUCCAAAGCCCGUUCCACCUUGACUGCCCAUAUCACUGUGGUGAUUCUCUUCUUUGGCCCCUGCAUCUUCAUUUAUAACUGGCCCUCCAGCAACCAUUCAGUGGAUAAAUUCCUUGCUGUAUUUUAUACCAUUGUCACUCCUAUCUUGAAUCCAAUUAUCUAUACUCUGAGAAACAAAGAAAUGAAGACAGCCAUGAAGAAACUCUGGAGUGCUACUGUGAGUCCUAGAGAGGACACUUAA